GUAGUGAUCGUGAUGUUGACGCCUCUGACUGAGAGUGGAGUGAAGCAGUGCUACCACUAUUGGCCAGACGAGGGCAGCAACCUCUACCACACAUAUGAGGUGAACCUGGUGUCGGAGCACGUGUGGUGUGAGGACUUCCUGGUCCGGAGCUUCUACCUGAAGAACAUGCAGACCAACGAGAGCCGAACCGUGUCGCAGUUCCACUACCACACCUGGAGCACACACAGCGUGCCCGACACACAGAGCCUGCUCGACUUCCGCAGAAAGGUGAACAAGUGUUACAGAGGUCGGUCCUGCCCAAUCAUCGUACACUGCAGUGAUGGAGCAGGUAGAACUGGAACAUACAUUCUGAUCGACAUGGUUCUCAACAAGAUGGCCAAAGGUGCAAAGGAGAUUGAUAUUGCUGCAACACUGGAGCACCUUCGAGACCAGAGAGCAUGCAUGGUGCAAACAAAGGAGCAGUUUGAGUUUGCCCUCACAACAGUUGCUGAGGAGGUGAACGCCAUCCUGAAAGUUCUGCCUCAGUGAUCACACACACACACACACACACACACACACACACACACCCACACACACACACACACACA